AUGUUUUAUUCAGAGGCAUUGCUCCAAAAGAGCGGGCCGCUUGCCCGCGUCUGGCUUUCAGCCAACCUUGAGCGCAAGCUGUCAAAGACACAUAUUCUUCAGUCCAAUGUUGCAGACAGUGUAGAGGCCAUCAUUAUGCCUAACCAGGCGCCCAUGGCCCUGCGUCUGAGCAGUCAGCUACUCCUUGGUGUAGUGCGCAUCUACCAACGAAAGACGCGUUACCUUUUGGAUGAUUGUAAUGAGGCUAUGAUGAAGAUCAAGAUGGCUUUCCGAUCUUCGGGAAAUAACGAUAUGGCCGUCAACCUCCAGAUCCCCAACCGAGAAGCUUUGACACUUCCUGAUAAGAUCACUCCUUACGACAAUUUUGAACUACCACCCCCACCAGACCCGAAUUGGCUUUUGUCCCAAGUUGAAGAUGUUGCUACCGCACCAAUUGGCCGAAAAAGUCGCGUCAGUCAGCGAGACAUUAACUUGCAAGAAGAUUACGACAACAGCCAGUUUCUCAACGAUGGCAUGGCAAUGGAUGACGACAUGAUGGCUCCAUUGGGUAACAUCGAUCUGGAAUUGGAUUUUGGUCUUGACGAUCUCGGACUUGAAGAGACAGGACUGGAGCCUGAAGGAGGUCGACGAGAGGACCGUACAGCAGCAGGUCCCGAUAUUAACGAUUCGGAACUUGACUUUCCUCAGAAAGAUGACCAAGAUCGUGCCAUGACCCUCGACCUUCCUAGGGACGAUGUUAUUAUUCAUGACGGCGGCGAGGAUGUCGUAAUGGAAGGCAUGGAACUUGACUUCAACCCAGACGAUGUCUCUCAGAUGCCUGGCAUCGCAGGUCCCGAAUACCCUCCCCCUCGAAUCUCCGAAUCACCGCUCUCCGACAUUGACGAAGAUCGGGCCGCACAACUGGAGGAGGACCAUUCAAGAUAUCAGAUGGCUGAUCUGUAUGAACCCGAAAAUGAGGACGAUCAAAUUGUUCGACGACCUGCGCAGCGCGCCAAGAAGCAAAAAAUUCUUACUCCUGACGAAGAGAUUGCCCUUUCGAGUAAUCAUAUCAAGCAACAACAGGCGAACCGUGACAACAUUAUCAAGGAGGCUGGGUUCCUUCCCCGUGAUCCUUUCCUUCUGGCUCUUAUGGAUAUGCAAAAGAGUGGUGGAUUUGUCUCCUCUAUCAUGGGCGACAAACGAAGCACGAACUGGGCCCCCGAAUUGCGCGGCAUUCUUUCGCUUGACACUGCUCGUGGCAUGAACGAUCUCAAGCGUAAGCGAGACAGCGGAAUCGCCGAUGUUGAAAGCGACCACGGAGCAAACAAAUCUCCUCGCAUGCUCGAUAUUGGAUCAGAUAAUGGACUCGGUUUUGAGGGUGGCUUUGGUGACAUGAGCCUCCCUCCCGAUGAAAGUCGUCAUGAGAUCCCUGCUGAGGAUGAAAUGGAUGACGACGAAGGGGCCACCAUGAUGCCUGGCUUUGAAGAUACAACCAUUGCUCUUGUCCACCCGGCUGAGAGUGGUCCAGUUUCGCUCGGCACAAAGCACGUUGUUCACCAGCUCCGAGACCGGUUUGGUGAUGAUGCUGCUGACAGCCCUGGCAAACGAAACGAGAGAGCAGUUCUCUUCCAGGACCUUUGCCCUCGACAAGAGGCUACCAAGGCUGACGCCACCAAGAUGUUCUUCGAGUGCCUGGUUCUUGCCACAAAGGACGCCAUCAAGGUCGAGCAGAGUUCCGGCUUGGGCGACGACAUCCGGAUACGCGCCAAGCGUGGACUUUGGGGCGCCUGGGCUGAAAGGGAGGCUGGUGGUGAGAUGUCACAAGACAAUGACGUCUCCGAUGAGCCUGAGCAUGCUGCUGCUGUCACCCCCGCGGUUGCCGUUUCGGCUUGA